AUGAAGUUACUUCGCCAGUCAUCGAUCCAGCUUCUUCUGACUACGGCCACUUUUGCGGCUCCUGUUCAACACCCGGGCAUCGUUCUGCCGCCUAGUGCUCGUGGUAACCGCGACGCUGUCCAAAAAAUCUUCACCGACAGCUAUGCAGCUUACAAGAAAUUUGCUUUUGGUCAUGAUGAUCUCUCUCCUUUAAGUCAAUCAUUCUCCGACGGUCGUAAUGGCUGGGGCGCCACAAUCGUCGAUGCUAUGAGUACAAUGCAUAUCAUGGGGCUGAACGAUCUAUUUGAAGAAGCCGUCAACUUCUCGAGCAAAAUAGAUUUCAGCAAAUCCCAGACACCUGAUACUGUUAGUAUAUUCGAGACCACCAUUCGCUAUCUCGGAGGUCUCCUGAGCUCGUAUGAGCUAAGUAAUCAACAAUUCCCGAUUCUCCUCGAGAAAGCGAAAGAGGUAGGGGAUAAACUCACCUUUGGUUGGGUAGGGAAUAACGAUGUUCCAUUUGGGUUCCUUGAUUUCUCGACGAAUACGCCCAAUAUUGGAAGCACCUCCAACAUUGCCGAAGCAGGCACCCUAACUCUUGAAUUCGAAACCCUUAGCAAGCAUACAGGUAACCAAACGUAUGCGAAUUUGGCCCUCAAGUCUGUGACCCACAUCGCGAAUCUUCCGGCCCCUCUACCAGGUUUGGCUGCCCAAGGCAUUGAUCCGGAUAACGGGCAGUUUGUAGGCGGCUACGUCACUUGGGGAGGAGGAUCCGAUAGUUAUUUUGAAUACCUCAUCAAGCACGCUCGCCUGUCAAAUACCAACGACAACUUGUUUGCAGAUACGUGGCACACCGCUGUUGACUCUUCUAUUAAGACCUUGCUGCGGACCUCAACGGUCGGAAACCACGUCUAUCUUGCGGACUUCGAUGACUCCAGGACAAUCCGCCAUAUCGGCUCUCACCUGGCUUGCUUCCACGGAGGGAAUUGGCUACUUGGUGGACGCAUGUUAAACAACGACACCAUCGUCAAAGUUGCGCUCGACUUGAUAGACGGGUGCUGGAACACCUAUGCUGGGGAUGCUACUGGGAUUGGUCCAGAAGCCUUUGCAUUCAUUUCUUCAGACGGGAACUUCACUGGAAACGGUCUUCCUAGCGCCGAUCAACUAGCAUUUUACGAGCAGCACGGCUACUAUAUCACAGCCUCCGAUUAUAUCCUUCGCCCAGAAGUUCUUGAAUCCAACUUCUAUGCUUUCCGCGUAACUGGUGACUCUAAAUACCUGGACCGUGCAGCAAGUGCGGUAGCCAGCUUCAACAAAUUCUUGCAGACACCCACAGGCUUUGCUGGUUUGAACGACGUCAAUGACGUCAACUCCAGCAAAAUCGACGACACUGAGAGUUUCUGGUUCGCCGAAGUUCUAAAAUAUUUAUACCUCACAUUUGACGACCCCAACCACAUUAGCCUUGAUAAUUUUGUCUUCAAUACUGAGGCACACCCAUUCGUUGCUCCACCAGCCAAACCAGUCUAUGGCAGUACUAUCAGGCCACCAACUGCUCCCUUCACGCUAAGGAAGGGACCUCCUUUGCCAGCCAUCAGUCCAAACCCCAAACUUCCUCAACCCAUCAAGGUCCCUCCUCAGUAA